UCUGAUCUUUGAAAUAGCUUCAAUAUAAGGCUCCAUUACACAAAGAAAGAAUGGAUAUGCUUAAGCAAAUGAGGGUGAAAUUUACCGGUAUAGGAGAAGAAGAGAAAGGAAGCAGCAGCAGCAGUACAAGAGAUAGAACAAUACCACCACAGAAAACUCAACCUUUUAAAGACACGAAAAGAUUACCUAGCUGGUUGCACAAACAGUUUAUAAGGACAAUGAGUCGUGAUUAUGAUUCCAGUGAUAGCGUUGACUAUCCAGCUGCGGUGGCUGCAGCUGCAUUUGCUGUAACAUCAAUUGAAGAAAAGAGCGAAUAUGACCACAGAAGGACAAAUAGUGGAGGUGAUAAAACUUUGACAAAUAUCAAAAGUAAAGCAGAGGAUAAUGAUAAGAAACCUGAAAAGCUUUCAGAUGAAGCUUCAAAAUCAAGUUCAAAACUUCCAUAUAAAAGUGAUCCAAUAAGGUCAACAACAAUCAAUCCAGAGCCAGUUAAAUCUGUGCCAUCUAUUAAAAAGAAACCAACUUUUGGAGAUAGCAAACCUGAAAGUGAAGUUGUUGAAAAGGCCAAAAAAGCUCCAUCCUUUAGGAAAAUGCCAGCGUUUGGAGAUAGCAAACCUGAAAGCGAAGUUGCUGAAAAGGCCAAAAAAGCUCCAUCCAUUAAGAAAACGCCAACGUUUGGAGAUAGCAAACCUGAAAGUGAAGUUGCUGAAAAGGCCAAAAGAGCUCCAUCUAUGAAGAGAGCAUCUACAUUUCCAGACCAAAGCAUUGAUAUCAGACCUCCCAAGGCUCCUGAGGUUCCUGUUUCAGCUCCUGCUGUUCCGCCAACUAGGCAAUCUUCAUCACAACCAGGCAUGGCUAAAGCGCCAAAUACAAUAAUGCCUGCAAGUGGAAAUUCUCAGGCAGAUAUUUGGGAGAAAGAAGAAAUGGAGAAGAUCAGAAUAAGGUACAAGAAGCUCAUACAUGAAAUUGUGGACUGGGAGACAAAGAAGAAGAAGAAAGCAAAGCACGACUUGGAGAAAGUUGAGGCUGAAUUAGACAGGCGUAGGGCAAAAGCCAGGAAACAUUUCAACGAUGAGGUUGGAAGGAUUGAAGGCAUUGCAGGAGGGGCCAAAGAACAAGCAGAUCAACAUCGAAAGAACGAAGAGCUAAAGGUGAUAGAGAAGGCAAAUAAGAUCAGAGUCACUGGAAAAAUGCCAUCAACUUGUUCAUGCUUUUAAA